AUGGUCAUAAAAGUGGCGGCUGCCGUUACCCCUGCCACUCCCUCAUCCACGGUCAUAGUCCGGCGUUAUAACCUCGCAACGACGACCAUCACCACGCAAAAUAUCACGGCUAGAUCAUUCAGCAGUCCCCGGUGGAUCAAGGCGCUGUGGAAUGGACGACAGACUCCCGUGCGGUGGUAUCGCGCCUGGCCUUCCUACGGCGUCAUCACCCCCGGUUCCGAGAACCAUACCCAGAUCGACUCUAGCACAAACACGACUUCCUCUGCCAGUCAGAAUAAUACCCACCACAGAUUACCGUUCUGCUUCGAGACGGGCUAUGCGCUUUGCGCCAAACGGCCUCCGCGCCCGUUCCCCCCACCGUUCUUGUCCCCGCCGUCGUCCUCGUUUUCCGAGCCCCUAACCACUCAUAACCAAAGUCAGGAUAAGAGAUUAUCCGUCAGGGGGGAACACAUCCGGGGGUUGAAUAAUGGCGAUGAUGCCGUGUUGGUUGGUGAGAAUUUUCUCGGGGUGAAUGAUGGGGUAGGGGCUUGGGCGACUAGGUCGCGAGGUCAUGCUGCGCUUUGGUCGCGACUUUUAUUACACUUCUGGGCCCUCGAAGUUGAGCGAAACCUCGACGACACAACCGCCCCCGACCCGGUCGAAUAUCUACAACGUGCCUACGAAGAAACCGUCGAAGCAACAACGUCCCCGAGCGAGUGGUACGGGACAACAACGUCAGUAACUGCGCUUUUACACUCGACCCACGACGACGCAGGCGAGCACAAACCGAUCCUCUACGUGACGAAUCUAGGGGAUUGCCAGGUCCUCGUUAUCCGUCCGAGCGAGGAGAAGGUCCUCUUCCGGACACAGGAACAAUGGCAUUGGUUCGAUUGUCCCAUGCAGCUGGGGACUAAUAGCAUAGAUACCCCGCGGAAAGACGCAGCACUGGCACAGGUCGAGUUGGAGGAGAAUGAUAUCGUUUUGGCCCUGUCUGACGGCGUCCUUGAUAAUCUCUGGGAACAUGAGAUCUUGACCAUCACCGUGGAAAGCGUCAAGAAGUGGGAACAGGGACGGGAUGAAGACGAGGACUCCGAAUGGGCGCCUCCGGCUGCUUUGGCCGAUGAGCGGAUGGUGUUCGUGGCGCGGGAACUGCUGAGAGCAGCUCUGGCCAUUGCGCAGGAUCCUUUUGCUGAGAGUCCGUAUAUGGAAAAGGCAGUUUACCAAGGAUUAGCUAUUGAGGGGGGGAAAAUGGACGAUAUCAGUGUCGUGGUUGGCUCUUGCAAGAGAAGAGAGAGCUGA